CCAGUGUACUUCUGAUAACGACGUGUGCAUCAGGAGCUUGGGAGUAAUGAUGGAGGAUUUUGUUUGUCGCGGAAAUGAACGUUUAUUUCAGCUGGAGAAGAAUGCCUGAGAGAAGUCAAGGCUGGGGUGCAAGCGGAGGGUUGGGCUGCGGCCUAGAUUCCCUAUCUUUUUUCGCUGCUCCUCGAUUCGAUUUGCUCUCCGGCGUGCCCGCCUGCAACUCCUGCACGGCGCGCCUCCCCUGCUUGUCCCUCUCUCCCUCCUCCCACCUCCCACCCCCCGCCCACCUCUUCCCUCCCGGCGGUGUUCGUCGUGGGCCUCUCGGUCUAUGAAUGGUCUUGCUGACGUCAAUUAGUCCUUCCCCUUCUCCCUAUCUCUAAGUGUAUCCGCUUCCCUCGUUCUCGUUCCCUCCUUUCCUUCUUCUUUCCUUGCAUUGUGCAUCUGUGCGAUCAUCUUCUGCUAACUGCUGCUCGUCUUCGUCGUGCUUUUCUUCGCGGCCGUUUGUCCAGCGAAGGACAUUCCCACUCCUUCGCCUGCGUGCGUUCAUUUCUUGUUGUCCUAGUCAGAGCUUGUCUGUCCAUGCUUGCUUGUUGAUAAAUCUCGCACUUGUUUGUAUAUUUCCCUGUUUACUAAGCUCGCUGUCUUCACCCUAUUUCUUCUUGUUUCUCUUGGCUUUGUUUGCGCGUUGCUUGCUGUAGCCAUCAGGUUUUUGCUGCCAGAUUCUUCCUUUGUAGUCUACAGUUAUAAAGUCUUAGGUUCAUUUUUUUGUUCGUUUUAAUUUCACCCCUCACCUCCUCCCUCCUUCCUCUCGCUUUGCCUCCCCUUUUUCGUGGAUUUGCCCGCUUCGUCUCACGUCAUCGGUGGCCGGACGUGGCUCCCGUGGCCUCUGUUAGCCAGGAAACCUCUGUUUUAGCCGCGCCGUAUGGGUGGCGUGUGUUGUUCCUGGCAAUUGCUGUUGGCGUUUCUCCCCCCGGUCAAACACGUGUAAAUAGCACCGUUUCUCGGCUUCCACAGCCACGUUAUCUCAUUUCCCCUAUAGAUGCUUUCCUGUCGAGGAGUUUCGCUUACUCACUCGAACUUUGCCCAAGCGGCUGACCCGUUUCCCUCCAGCCAAGCUUAUUCCUUAAAGCCCAAGUGUCGUUUCGCGCCGCUUUGUUCGUGGGGCUCCCUUCCCCUGUCACUAUCUCUCUCAUUAAACUUUCCCUCGCUUGACGCUCAUCAGUCCCCGGCAUGUCAUUCCUCUUCCUGUUCGCAUUUUGCGUUUGGUAAUUGAGCCCCUUGUAGGCAGUUGCCUUUCGGGUCUAACAUCUUCUUCCUCUUUUUUCCCUCCCUUUUCUCUUUUCGUGGAGUCCGCAGUUCCUUGUUCUCUGCUCUUCAUCGUUUGUCCUCCGCCACGUUCCCCCCCCCCCUUCCCCCCAACGCACACACACUCCCCGCUCUCUUCCCCCCUUAGAUUUGCCCCCGUUUUCAAUUCCUUGCCGCCUAAAUAAGACGUUUGUAGUGAAGAAGGAUUGGACCUGUCAUCGUGCGGUGGGAGGAAGUGGAAGAAGUGGAGUUUUUAAUGCUGCGCAGCCAGAGCGAGUGGAGGUGGCAUUGAUAAUUCUCCAUGCGAAGUCGAAAUAGCUCUGCUUCGUAUGCGAGCAAGCGAAGAUGAAUAGCACGAAGAAAGCAUCAUCUAUGAAUGGAUCGGGGUCGCCGAAAUCCCCGGACAAUGUGUUGUCGGCAGGGAGUUUUGAGAUUCGAAGGGUGUCAACAACGAGGAGGACACUUAGGGAGUCGGCUUCCUGUGAAAAAAAGAAGAGUGUAAAGGAACAUUCUCUACACAAUCUGGGUGGGGCAUACAGUAGAGACGCGAUGGCCUUGGAUUUAAGUGGGUUGCCGGCUGAUUUGCAGCCAAUUGAGUUAGGGAGCGCAUGGAAGAGAUUCCAAGACUCCGGAGCUCUCAGCGAGGUUGGGUUAGAGAAGAAAGAGAGGAACUUCAUGGUUGAUCACAUCAAGCAGCUGGAGGACGAGCUUUACAAGUACCAGUAUCACAUGGGCUUACUCUUGAUGGAGCGCAAAUCGCUUUUGGCAGAUAAUGCCAAACUUGAUAGUAUGAAGAAAGAAUAUGAGGAGAUUCUGAGGCGCGAGAGGGAGGAAUGGUCAAUAACCCGAAUCGAGUACGAGGAUAUCGAGACAAGAUUGAAGGAGACUCUUCUCGCUGAACAACAGUGCGUCAAGGAGAUGGAGAAAACAUUGCGAGAGGUGCAAAAGGAGAAGGAGGAAGUCACCCGCUCUGCAGAGGUUCGGUUCUCGGAUGCGCGUGUCCUUAUUGCUGAAGCCGAGAAAAAGGAGCAGGCUACGGAAUUGUCUCGGAAGAAUGUGGAAGCUAUGAGGGCGGAGGUUGCCAGGAAGAAGGUGGAGAUUGAGGCAAGAGCAAGAGAGUUGGAAGCGAAGGAGAACCAGGUGAGGAAGGAGAGGGAGCAGGUUCGUAUCCUCAGUGGCGAUUUGGAGCUGAAGAGACAGGAGAUCGUGGAUAGAGAGAACUUGGUGCGUGAAUGGGAGGUGAGGUUGACGUCAACGGAGCAAUCUAUAAGGAAAACGGAAGAGACGACCAAAGUGCGUGAAGAUAUGGUGCUCAGGAAGGAGCGAGAGGUCGACGAAGGCCUCGCAAGAUUGGAGGGAAAGAGGAAAGGUCUGAAGGAGAUGGAAGAUGACCUUCGGCUGAGGGAGAGAGACUUGGCAACCAAGGAAGAGAGCUUGGUUAGGAGGGAGGUUACGGUUGUGCAGCGCGAGCAAGCCCAACAGGAAAUAGAAGAGCGACUGACCGUGAAGGAUGAGGAGUUGCGAAGUGCAAAGGAGAGGCUGCUGGAUAAUGAGCAUGACGUAAAGAUUGAGAGGGAGAGGCUGAAGGAACUGGAAGCGUUGCUCUCAAGGCGUCAGGAUAUCCUUGAACAGCAGAAGCAGCAACUGUCGUCGAGGGAGAGUGCUGUGACGGAGAGGGAGCUUUCAGCAGCUUCUACUGUUCACAACCUCAAAUUGGAGAGGGAGGAGCUCGAGAGGAAAGAACGUGAUAUUCGGCUGCAACGAGAAGAGAUUGAGGAACAGCAGGCCUUGCUGAACGACAGUCAACGGCAUGCACAGCAGUGGGAAGCGAAAUUGGAAAUGAGAGAGAGGAAUCUGGAAGCCAAGGAAGAUUCCCUGAAGGAGCGCCAGCAGGAGGUUGAGCUGCGUGUGAAGGGAAUCCUGGACAAGGAGAGGGAAGUGAAAAUGGAGAGACGGCGAAUUGAGAUGGUCUCAAAGAAGUUGGAGGAGGAGAAAGAAGAGGUGCGGCUGGAGAGAGAGGCGGUGAAGAAGGAACGAGAGGUAAUCUGUAAUGAGCAAGAAGAGCUGCGAAAGGAGGCUGAGGAGUUCAAGAGGCUGAGAGAGGAGGCAGAAACCCUUCGUGACAAUGCUUUGGCAAGAAGAGCAGAGCUCAAGAAGGACAAGGAUGAUCUGGCACGGGAGAGGGAAGACUUGCUGAGAAGAAGGGAUGACCUGAGGAAGGAGAAGGAGGCGAUUGUCAAGGAGCGGGAGGAGCUGAAGAAGGAGAGAGAAUUGGUUGUGCAGAAAAAGGAGCAAGUGAGUGCCGAUCGUGAGAAUGUUGAAACAGAGAGGGAUGAGCUAGAAAGGGGGAGGAGUGAAUUGGAGAAGGAGAGGGAGGAGCUUAAGCAACUCAGAGUGGAUUAUUCCAAGGAAUUUGAAGGCCUACUUAAGCUCAAGGAUGAUCUUUCCGAAAAGGAUCGCAGCAUUAAGAUGGAGAGCAGGCGGGUUGAGAUUGAGUUUAGGACACUGAAGGAGGAGAAGGAAACUGUACGUCGAGAGUUGGAGGAAGCGAGGAAGGAAAGGGAGAAGGUGCAGCAGAUGAAGGUGGACGUGAAGAAUGAGAGAACGGAGCUGGAGGUUUGGAAGGAGGAGAUGGAGAUUGAAAGGGACAGGCUGGAGCGGGAAAAGCAGGACGUGAGAAGAGAGCGGGAAGUCCUAGUGAGGCACGAGGAGGUGCAUGUGAAGUGGAAGAUAGAGGUUGAGGAAUCGCAGAGAAGCAUCAAGAUUGAGAAGAAGAAAAUUGAAGUGGAUGCCCGUGCAUUGAAGGAUGAACGGGAGGGAUUGAAAAAAGAACGAGAGGAAAUUGCUAGGGCAAGAGACCUUCUGGACAUCGAUAGGGAAACCCUCAAGAAGGAAAGAGAGGCCCUGGAUAGGGACAAGUCAGAAUUGGAUACGGAAAGGGAGAGAUUGGAAGCCAAGGCUGAUGUUCUGGAGAAAGAGCGGGAGGAGCUUGAAGCGGAACGCGAGAUGGUGAAGAAGGAUAUGGAAAGCUUGAGCAGACAGGAAGCCAGGUACACGUCAGAGAUUUUGCAGAAAGAGACCGAGCUCAGUAUUGAGAAGAGAAGGUGGAAGGAGGAAUUUGAAGAGAUUCGCAUAACUCGAGAGGUCCUUAUUAGGGAGAAGGAGGAAUUCUCAAGGGAGAAGGAGGAGGUUUCAAAACGGCGCGAAGAGUACCACUUGGAGAAGCAAGACUUGGAGGGUGAGAGGGAGGCCUUGGAAAGGGAAAGGGUGGAGCUAGCCCUGAAGAGGGAGGAACUCAAAAGGGCAAGAGAGCUUCACUCUAAGCAGGAGGAUGAGUUGUCGAAGACAAUGGAGGAGAUGCUGGCAAAGGAGAGGAUGUUGAAGAGUGAACGGCGGAAGUUGGAAAGUGCAAGCGGCAAGCUGAAGGAAGAGAGGGAGGAUCUUGCAGCGGAGCUAAAUGAUGUCAAGAGAGAGAGGGAUGAUGUGAUCAGGGAGCGGGAGUCUGUCAGGAAGGAGAAGGAUGAGCUGCUCCUGGAGAGAGAUGAUUUGGAAAAGGGAAGGGAGGAUCUUAGAAGAGAGAGAGAAGAAGUUCGGCGAGAAAAGGACGAGCUGAGGAGAGAGAGGCUGCAGCUUCUUCGACAAGAGGAGAGUUUGGUCAAGGAUAGAGAUGAUCUAAUGAGGGACAGGUCGAACAUGUCAAAGGUUGAGCUUGAGCUCAGCAAGCAAGUGGAGGAGCUGAGGAGACAGAGAGAGGAGUUGGAGGUGGUGAAGGAAAGACUUUGUGAUCAGAAAGAGGCUCUGAAUCUCCAGAGUAUGGAGCUGACUAGGCAGGGCGAGGAGCUGCGCAGACGAAUGGAUGACCUAGCAAGGGUGGACGACUCCAUGCGGCGAAGGCGAGAAGCAAUGCUUGUCGAAGCCAAUGCAGCGGUUAACCAUUCUGGCAGCCUUGUUGCGACUCUCUUAGCAAAUGUUGUCGAGGUUGAGGAUGGAGCCACUGCAGUCCUGGCCUUGCCACAGGGCCUUGCACUGAGUGGUGAGGACCACCAAGGUGGACGCAGCAGAGAUGAGCGAAGUGGUCAGGAAAGGGUUUCUGAAGGUGGUAGGGAGGAGACAGAUAAGGUGUCAUGGAGAAGUGAAACUCGAGUCAGCAGUAAGUUGAGGGAAGCAAGGAGCUACUACCUUCGGCAGCACGCAGCAGAAUCUGAGAACCGCCGAAGUAUACCAGCGAGUGCAAUUGCAGAGGAGGAUGAGAGGGCAUUUGAAGCGCGCAAGCGGAAGAGAGGGCACAGUGAGCUCUCGCGGAAUGAUUUGCAGAGAGAUGAUUCGGCACCAGGUACUCAAUGCGGAGAGGCGGAGGAGCAACAGGGCAACACGGAUAGACGGGUAGAUGUAGUUAGCAGUGCGGGACGUAGUGGAACACCACCGAGCGCACCCAGCGGUAUGGACGGCUCACCCCAGCGUCGUCGGACGAGGUCGAUGCAGGAUGUUAUUGACAAGGGAAACGAAAUAUGGAUGGCAUCAGGUGUAGAGGCAGAUGAGGUGAUGGACAUAGGGAAAUCGGAUGCUAUGGAAGGCCGGAGGAGGUGGAAAUCACGGGCCCUGGCUGAUGCAGAAGAGGAGGCAACGGAAGAUGACACAGGCAAGGAGGAAUCGGUGGGUGUAAGGAAGCGAGAGAGAACUGUCAAGUAUAACCUUCGGAGGACAACAGUGUAUCAUCAAGCCAAACGAGUGGUGGAGCAUAACAGAGAUGAUCAGGCUUCUGGAGGUGGAGCUGCCAUGGCAGUACAGGUUGCAGGCACAUCUGCUGGGCUUGUGCCCCCUUCUCCAGAAAUGGGAAGGAAGCUUACUCGAUCGUUGGGGCUGAAGAAGCACUCCAAUCCCAGGAGAAGAGAAUCUGAAAGAGGGGAUGGAACCAGCCCUGACACGUCUCAGGAGACGGUGGGCAUUUGUGGUGGGAAGUCUGCAGAGGAUGAGCACGCAUCACACGGACGAUCCCGAGAAGAGCGAGAGUAUCACAAUGAGGAGGAGGUGGAGGAGCUGGGAGUUGAGGGUGAGAGAGAGGAAGGGGGAGAAGCAGAUGACGAUGAAACUCCAGAGAAAACAUCAGAGAAUGGAUGGCUCGACUGGUUCCUACCCGUUCCGUGGAAAGUGUAGGGCUUGUUAGCUUCGCUGCUUUAUUUGUCCUUCAUGUGGAUUGGAGGCCCACCCCAGCCAGGCCUGGACUGUCACGUAAUGAUAGUUUGUUGUCGUGUGUAGAUCUGCUGUGCCUUUUGGCCCUCAAAUAGGGAGCGGCAAGAGAACACACAGUUGCUGUGCCCCACCUCUCCCACACCUGGGCUGAUGAUUGCAGGUGUUAAGUGAGGACGAGCAGGCUUGGGAUGCCUGGUUUUCAUUUGGAUUGCGAAGGAGAGGAAUGCUAUUCAUUGGCAUGGGACUUUUUCGUAGAAGGGACUCUCACUAGCUUCCUCGUUUCUGCGCUUUUUGAGCCUUUGGACUUUCUGGGGGCUCGUAGAGGGGUCCCUUUCUUGUGAUUGUGUUUGCGUUGCUAUUUUGGUGGUGUAGAAAUGUGGAUGUUCUCUCAGGGUAAUGGUCUUGUGUGGUUUCAAGAGGAGCUGCAGACUCAAGACGGGUGGAUGUGUUCACAGGUCAGUGAACGAGGGUAUCAAUGCUGUUUGUUGGUAUGGGCCUCGAUUAAAACAACAAUGUCUGGUGUAUUUUUCUGUCAUAGAGUCUGUGCCACAAGUGUGGCAUGCAACUGAGACAUGUUUCGAUGGCAGAUAAAUCCCCAUUAGACGUGCAGAAUAUAACUGGCUCCAUGUGAGGCCAGCCCGCAGAUUGGUUCCCUUUGGGCGUUUGUCGUUGCGUCUGUCCACUUUUGGGCCAGAACAUUUUGCCAUUCCCUGUUGGUAGGGAAAAAAUAUUUCUUUGUGCUUGACAUCUAGUUCGAGGAUGGGGCUUGUAUAAUGUGUUUGGUGACAUGCGCGUAGUUUGAUGAGUGUGUUUGUGUGCUUUGUCACACAUGCAUGCAAAAUGCGCGGGUUUGAAUGUGUGGUAUUCCGAUCUCCAGAGGAGUGGGAGGAUGAGGGUAGGUGGAGUGCGUCAACAUCAGGUUGUAUAGGGGGGUAGGCAGCCUGAAGAAUUCUAGUGUGGAUGUUUGUCCAGUAGCAAUAUCUGUUCCCCGAAGGUUGCAACGUGGAUCACCACGUCAGAAGCUCCGUAUGCCUAGACAGGGAGAACGGGUAGUCAUCAAUUCACGUUCUGCACAGUAUAUGACGUGUUGGGAUCUGCAGGCACUGGUUCUGGUUGUGCGAUGAGAUCAUGCAAGCAUCGAGAUGCUGGAGGGCAUUCGCGGUUUGUUCACUUUCGACCUCACAGUUGUUGAAAAGCCAGUUGUGAUGAGCUUGGCUUGAGGGAGAGGACAGGGGUGCCCAGUGUUGGCUUUUGAUCGGAUGGGGUAAACCUCAUGAGGCUUGGUGGCAGGUGAAUAAGUUACCGCAGUAAGUCACAGCCAUAAGUUACCGCAGCAAGUCACAGCCGUAAGUCGCAGGAGGGCAGUUUCCAAGUAAUGCGAUGGAGGAAGGGAGCAUAUGCAGGCGCAGGGGGACGCACAAGGAGGAUUUCUUUUGUAUCUGGAUGUGCUAUGGUGGACACGUCUGAGUUUUGAAUCUGUAGUGAUCUGUGCAAUUGUGUAGAUUGACUUGGUCUUUGUCUGUGCAGAGACAUCUGUGAAUGGAAAGAAUGUACACGCAGAGGUAGUCGGAACCUGUGGGGAUGCCUUUCUUAACUACCCAGUCUUGCAUUUUCGUUAAGAGGAAUGCAUGCACGGAUGGUGAUUGAAUUGUGUCUCUCUCUCCAACUCUCUGAGGGAUGAAUGCUUGCGGAGCGAAGUUAUGUUUGUGGACGAUGACUCGAAGUUGGCCUUCCUCUCUCCUGGCUUACCCACAGUUGUGAAAGCAAUAGUCGGGGGGGGGGGGGGGGGGGGGGGGGGGAGCAGGGAAGGGGGGGAUGUUGCAGGGGUGACAAGGGGCAUUGAGUUGUGGAAAUCAAGUUUGCUUGGCAGGGAAAGAAUCAAAAGGUGGUGAGGUGGACUGUCUCUCUGCGAGAGGUGAGACGAGAGGCUUGAACAUGCACAACGCAGCAAGACGAUUUGUGGUUAAGCAAGAGGUUCUCAGCAAAGAAGACAUGAUGUGGAAGUUCCCUUCGAGUACUGAACGAACAGUCGAGUGCACAUGAUUGAAGUGCCCGGCUUCAGAAGUAGUCCGGGGACGAUUUGGAACGAGGUCAGCGAGCUGUUUCUCUUUCUGUUUUUUCUCCGUGGCGAUAGCGAGUGUCAGUGGUGCUGUUGGUUGGGUGACUUGUGUUUACGGGUGCUGAAGAAGAAUGCCUGUGUUCAUCUGUGUAUGGCUUGUUACUUGCUGCUGAUAUAGAUUUGAAGGAGCAUGAGUGAAUCGUCUGCUCAGAGAUUUUGGUCAGUCAAGGUUCCCCCAGCUAUUGGCCGAACGACUCUGCAGAACUACUUGUACUGUAGUGAGAAUAGCAGGGAUUCCCCGAAUAGGCAGAUCAGACGAGGGAGCUUCAUGUGGCUGAUCGGUGGUUGAAUUGGCAUGAGUAGGGGUUGUAGCGGUGGACAACACUGGCCUGCGAGCUGCUGGGAAGUCUGGGUAAUGGGGAACAGGGAAGGCAUGUGUAUUUUAUGGAGAAAUCAGGACCCGAACACGUGAAUGAAUGCAGGUGCAUGUCUGUGCAGCACUACCACUCUCUAAAUGGUGGUAUGUGUUCACUUGCAACGACCUGAAGGAGGUGAAUGGAUGCUCUUAGCAAUGUGAACUGGUUGGGGCAAGGUUGGGAGGUGGGCUUGACGUGCUGGAGGCAAAUAAACGGUAGUUGUGGCCUCUGGUUCAGGAAUUUUGUCUUUGCUGUAACUUAGACUUGAUAGUAAUGAUGGUUUUUAAUCAACUUCAUUAACGUUUUAAGUAAUGUAUAUGGGUGUACACACAUGCGUUGGACGGGUGGUGUUGGGUAAUCCAUUGUGGAUGUAUUUACUUGUUCACCCCCAAGGGAGCUUUUAUGUGGAUGAACCCUUUCCUUGGUUGGCACCUGGCCAGAAGGGGUGGGGGUGGGGGGGUUGGAAUCUGCCCACGAGCACCAGGAGGGACAGGAUUGAGAAGUCGAAAAGAAAAAGAAAAAUUGUAAGCGGCUCAAACAGGCAGAAUUUCGUGCAGGUCCUCAGCAAGAAUUUUAAGACGAUGUAGUUGUUUUUUCGUUAAGUUUUUGAAUAUGUUUAUCUCUGUGUUUUAAUGUUUUUGUGGAACGACUGCCUGGAAACCCUACCUGGACUUCGUGCUGGCCAGGCCUGCCGGAGUAGGUACCGGGGCGCACAGAACCAGCCUGAACUGCGUGGGGACCGCCGCAGGUCGAACAUGAUUUCAUGGUGAAAGAAUGUCCGAUUUUGGUGACGGGAAAUGACAGGUUUGUUGAGUGCAGGUUGUUCAUACACUGCCACAGGACGAGGGAACAUUGCCAUGGAGAAGACUCGUGUGCGUUGACAGCGUCACGUGCAGUUUUCAGGUAGUGAAACAGUAGCUGGUGCCGAGUGCAGCAGUGGCUUUCGGUGGAGCGGCAGUGACAUUAGGUGUGUCACUGUAGUCUACAAGCAAAGAAAGUUGGCUGCAUUGUGAAUAUCCGUUUCCGGAUGAUGGAAGAGGGGGCCUGAGUAUUGCUCUUGUGCAGCCUCCGUCAAAGAGUACCAGGAUCCAAGGAUAAUACCGUUUGGAAUUUUGGAUGCGAUAUGCCACAGCUUUGAGGGCCCGAGUUUCAGCUUGUUGUGACACCGAGUGACUUACGUUGUGUUUGACUGUAAACCAUCACUGCGCAAUGGUGGGCUUCUGGUGAUCAAGGAGUGCAUGCAGGUAACCAUUGGAUUAUGGUGGUUUGAGUGGGUUGGGGUUCCACGAUUUUGCAUGGUGCUCUUGGGCUGCUUGUUUUCAGGUGGGGUUGUCCCGUAGUCACUGAGUCAGCAGCCAGCCGAUGCGGAGACUGGCAAGCAUGGUCACUUUGUCGAGUUUCGGAGUUUGGGAGUUCUAUUAGGCCCUUGAUGUCAGUCUGCAAGGGAGUUCCAAUGGCCAAAGAUGUGGGGGCCUCAACAUGUGAAAAUGGGGACCGGCAAAAGUUUUGAGCUGUGGGAGUGUCAGUCUCGUAGAUGUGGGGGUCUCAACAUGUGAAAAUGGUGACCAGCAGAAACUUCCAGCUGUGGGAAUGUCGUAGGUUGCUGCUUUCGCUACACUUGCAUCUGUCAGAGCUCGAACUGGUUUCCUUUGCUUCUGACAUGUGAAAAUGGGCACAAGCAAAUUACUCGCUGCUUUCAUUGCACGUGCAUCUGUCAGAGCUCAAACUGGUUUCCUUUGUUUCUUAGAUCCAGCCUUAUGGUGACCCACGUCAUGAGCAGAUCUUCAGUGUCUGUCAGGCCAGUGAUGGGGGUGAGAGUAUGGGAAAAUUGUGUCCUGCAUUGGUUUGUCCAUCCAUGGGGAUGGGUGGGAAGGUUGUAUCUGAACGGUUUGUUAUAGGACACUGUAAAUGCGAUACCUUUUGCAUUCAGGGUAAGUGCAUUGUCAUCAGUCUUGCAUUCAGGGUGACUCUUGGCUUUAUACUGGAAGCUUGUAGAACCUUCGGGAUCGAACAAAUCUUUCUGGUGUGAUUCGGUAAGUUUUGUAUGUCGUCCGGUACUCUGCCGACUGGUUUACCGUCGAUGUGUUUUUUAACCACAAGUACGUUUCCCAGCCAUUUUCCAGAAACGUGCCGUGCAUGCUGGCGCGUCGGGUGGGAUGCACCGGAGGGCUGUUUCGUCCGAAAUGGAUGCAUGCGAGGGGACCACCUGCGAGGAAAUUUGCAGGUGUACUGUUCUGAGUGUUGGUUUAGUAUCAACAGAGUUGGGCCCCUGCGGAUAAGCAAUACCCUGUCCCUACACUAAGCUGUGGACUACAGUGAGGGUUAGUUCUGCACUAGUGGAUGCGCAUCCUGAA